AUGGCACCCCUCAAGCUGAACAACAAGCACCUGUCGCAAAUCGCGGCUGCGGGUGAGACGCAGGUCAAGGUUCCGACCUACCCACGCGGUGGCGCUGUCAAGGAGGGAAUCGUCCACGUCGGCGUCGGCGGCUUCCACAGAGCUCAUCUGGCCGUUUAUGUUGACCAAUUGAUGCAGAAACAUGGUGUGACCGACUAUGCGAUCUGCGGUGUUGGCCUGACGCCUUUUGACGCCGCCAUGCGCGAUGCUCUGGGAUCCCAGGACCACCUCUACACUGUCAUUGAGCGCUCGGCCAAGGGCAGCUUCGCCCACGUCGUUGGCAGCAUCAACUCCUACCUCUUUGCCCCCGAUAACCGCGAGGCCGUCGUCGCCAAGAUGGCCCAUCCGGAUACCCACAUUGUGUCGCUCACCAUCACCGAGAGCGGCUACUACUACAACGAGAACACCCACGAGCUGCAAAGCGAGAACCCCGAUAUUCAGUACGACCUCGACCCGGCCAACGAAAAGGCACCCCGCACCACUUUCGGAUUCCUCUAUGCUGCUCUCGCACGCCGCCGCCAGCAAGGACUCAAACCCUUCACCGUUAUGUCGUGCGACAACAUGCUGAAGAACGGCUCCAUCACACGCCACAUGCUCGAGUCCUUCGCACGCUUGCGGGACCCCGACAUGGCGAAGUGGAUUUCCGAGGAAGGUGCCUUCCCGAACGCCAUGGUCGACCGCAUUACACCACAGACCGCCCCGGCCGACAAAACGGCACUCGCAGACAACUUUGGCAUCGAAGACUCAUGGCCUGUCGUCACAGAGCCCUUCAUGCAGUGGGUCAUCGAAGACAAGUUUGCCGACGGCCGCCCUCCAUUUGAGAAGGCCGGUGCCCAGGUUGUCAAGGAUGUGCACGACGUUGAGCAGUUCGAGAAGCACAAGCUGCGCCUGCUCAACGGCAGCCACUCAGCCAUUGGAUACCCCGGCCAACUGGCAGGCUUCAAGUACGUACACGAGGUGAUGGAGAACCCCCUCUUCCGCAAAUUCGUCUGGCAGUAUAUGCAAGAGGAGGUCAAGCCCCUGCUGCCUGAGAUUCCGGGUGUCAACAUUGACGAGUACUGCACCACACUCAUGGAGCGCUUCUCCAACCCAACAAUCAUGGACCAGUUGCCCCGCGUCGCCCUCAAUGCCUCUGGCAAGAUCCCCCAGUUCAUCAUGCCCUCAAUCGCCGAGCACAUCUGGGAUAAUGGGCCAUUCCGUCGUCUGUGCUUCAUCGCCGCUGCUUGGUUCCACUAUAUCAACGGCGUAGAUGACAACGGCAAUACUUUCAAGAUCGACGACCCCAUGCGUGAAGAGCUUCAGGCGAAGGCCCGCGCCGGAGGCACCAAUCCAAGUGAGCUGCUCAGCAUCAAGACUCUGUUUGGUGACGACUUGCGCACCGACAAGAGGUUCCUCCAGGAGAUGACCACGGCAAUGGAGGACAUUGCCCGAGACGGCAUUAUGAAGACGAUCCCCAAGUACAUUGAUUGA